AACCCACCUGUCACCUGACUCACCUUCCGUCCCCGCUACCAAAAAACCAUUGACAAAUUUUUUUCUUUAAUGUAACCACCACUCACCACUCCAACCUUCAACUUUCCUCUGCUUCACCACUCUCUCUCUCUCUAUAUAUAUAUAUAUAUCUUGUUUCUCUCUCUUUUAGUACCAAGAAGAGGAAGAAGAAGAAAGAGAAAUAUUAAGAAUGGAAGCUGGAACUGGUGUGUUUUCAGAGAUCAUAGAUGGAGAUGUUUACAAGUACUACUCAGAAGGAGAAUGGAAAGUCUCAAACUCUGGCAAGACUGUUUCCAUCAUCAACCCAACCACAAGAAAAACCCAGUACAAGGUCCAAGCUUGUACGCAAGAAGAAGUGAACUCGGUGAUGGAAUGUUCGAAGAAGGCGCAGAAAUCGUGGGCGAAGACGCCACUGUGGAAGAGGGCGGAAUUGCUUCACAAGGCGGCUGCCAUUCUCAAAGAGCACAAGAAUCCCAUUUCUGAGUGCCUUGUUAAAGAAAUUGCCAAGCCUGCUAAAGAUGCUAUCACUGAAGUUGUGAGGUCAGGGGACUUGGUGUCAUAUUGUGCUGAAGAAGGUGUUAGAAUUCUUGGGGAAGGGAAGUUUCUGCUCUCUGAUAGUUUCCCUGGAAAUGAGAGGACCAAAUAUUGCCUUACUUCCAAGAUUCCACUUGGUGUUGUUUUAGCCAUCCCACCCUUCAACUAUCCUGUCAAUCUUGCUGUCUCAAAAAUUGCUCCUGCACUAAUUGCUGGGAACUCCCUCAUCCUCAAGCCUCCCACCCAGGGUGCGGUUGCAGCGCUUCAUAUGGUGCAUUGUUUUCACCUGGCUGGUUUUCCAAAAGGGCUUAUUAGCUGCGUUACGGGAAAAGGUUCUGAGAUUGGAGACUUCCUUACAAUGCAUCCUGCAGUUAACUGUAUAAGCUUCACAGGUGGAGACACUGGAAUUACAAUCUCAAAGAAGGCCAGCAUGAUCCCUCUUCAAAUGGAACUAGGUGGGAAAGAUGCCUGCAUCAUUCUUGAGGAUGCUGAUUUGGAUUUAGCAGCUUCUAACAUUGUCAAAGGAGGCUUCUCGUACAGUGGUCAGAGAUGCACAGCUGUUAAGGUUGUCUUGGUAAUGGAAUCGGUAGCUGAUGAACUCGUCAAGAAAGUUAAUGAGAAAAUAGCAAAACUGACUGUUGGUCCUCCUGAGGAUGAUUGUGAUAUCACUCCAGUUGUCACGGAAUCGUCUGCUAACUUUAUUGAAGGGCUUGUGACAGAUGCAAAGCAGAAAGGAGCGAUGUUUUGUCAGGUAUACAAGAGAGAGGGCAACCUCAUAUGGCCGUUAUUGUUAGACAACGUUCGACCUGAUAUGAGGAUAGCAUGGGAGGAACCGUUUGGCCCGGUUUUACCUGUUAUCAGAAUAAGCUCUGUUGAAGAAGGAAUCCACCAUUGUAAUGCUAGCAAUUUUGGCCUCCAGGGCUGUGUCUUCACAAGAGACAUCAACAAAGCGAUUUUGAUUAGUGAUGCAAUGGAGGCAGGAACGGUUCAGAUUAACUCCGCACCUGCUCGUGGACCAGAUCAUUUUCCUUUCCAGGGUCUGAAGGACAGUGGAAUUGGUUCUCAAGGAAUAACAAACAGUAUUUCGAUGAUGACAAAAAUCAAGAGCACUGUAAUCAACUUGCCCUCUCCUUCUUACACCAUGGGUUGAUGAUGCCCAACUAUGUGAUAAUAAAAUCACUAGUAUGCAUGGGACUCAGAACCUUGUUACUAAGUAUAGUUCUUUGGACUCAAGGGAUUAUACUCAAUGGUAUAUAUAUAUAGUCAUCUUCUACUAGCUAAAAAGUUAAGAUGCCAAGCCUUAAAUGCUUUGUGUUGUAAUAUUUUUCUCUUCCUUUUUUCUUUUUCUUUUUUCCUUUUUCUUUUUGCUUUGGCUUGGAAAGACAAAGAGUGGUUCAAACGUUGCUAUUUGUAGAAUAAAAUAUGUUAUUGAGUUAAAUGCGUACAUACAUGUCAAAAAAACAAAGGUGAAAUUGUAUUUCAAUGGAGCAAUGGAGAAAUAAUUUCAUUUU